GUGAACGAAGACGAUGGCGUGUGGUCGCUUUCCGACGGCAGGGUUGCUGUUGUGGCUUCUGGUAGCACAAGUGCUGGCGUCUGCACGCAGCGAUAUAUCCGAUUCCAUCUACCUGCAGGCUAGAGGCUUCCCGCCCGUGCAGUGCAGCCCGUGGACUGCCGGCGCCUCCGGAGGCGACGGGCCCGGGGUCGACUUCUGGAUGCGCGGCGUCGUCUCAAGACAACUUUACGGCUGCCGCCUGGACGCAGCCGACGAACUCCGCCGACAGACUUUGGCGGCCAGUCGUAACGGCCGCCUGACAUUUCUGCCCGAGUGGAGCGUAUUGCUCAACAGGGGAGGAGGAAGGCAGUACCCCGAGUUGACCACCUCUCCGACGCCGUCGUUCGCCUGCGUCACCGACGGAGUGGGAGCCCCCAGCACGCUGCCGGCCGCUCUGUUCCCUCUUCGGGCCCGCCGGCGGACGGUGGGAAGGGUCGGCCAGUGGCACAAGUGCGUCCGCGUCUCCGCAGGCUACCACGCCAGCCCCUUCACCGCCGGCGCCCCUCUGGUCAGGGUCGCUUUCCGAGGAGGCGCGCCCACCAUCAUCUGCGGGAUGGGCGACGCUAGCCGCAGCGCAGUGCCCGCCGUGCAGUUGCGCGGUCUCCUGGGCGCGCCGUACUCUUGCUUCUUCGCCUCCUACCUGGACUUCCCGGCGCUCAAGGGUCCCCCAGUCGGCCUAGUCUUCCAGAGGCAGAUCCUCAACAAGUGGACGACCAAGGAGUCAGACACAGAUGCUGCCGCGUUCCUCCCUUCCCAGUGCUGGCCGGCCGAAGACAGCACCGACAGGUCUUUCGACUUCGACGUGGACUUCGACGGUAAACACGCCCAACGGUGCCGUUUUCAAGGAGACUGUCCACUGUGCGGUCAAGAUGUGUCACCGACGCAGCCCUCUACAGUUUCCUUUACCGCUACAGAAGAGUCAGCCAAUCCUGAUGAGACAACUGUCACAGUAGCCACGGUCGCCAGAAGAGCACAUUCCCGUCCAAAAAAAGUAAAGGCACCAGGUUCCAAGCCACUUCUGUUUGAACGCCGUCUCUGCACUUACCACUCCCUUGACGAAAACAAUAGCACUGUUGUGCACCAGAUAUCAUGUUUUGGAUAGCGCCUAUAAAGCUAUUCUACAAGCAAACUUUGAUAUGUGGGUCUCCCCCCCCCCCCCUCCCCUCCACUCCCUACCCAGCCCAGCCCCACACCAACUCUGACGUUUCUUUUACCAUUCAUAACAGUGGCGAGCUAGUAACAGGGCGCGUGCUCGAUGCUUUCAGCGCAGAGAGAGUCGAGAAUUCCCUUGCACCGUCGCCAACACACUCCGUCUUUGCUUCACGCCACACGCUCCAAGCGUUGCCUGUCAUGGUAACUGUCAAGCCUGGGGUAAACGCUACAUUGAGCCAGCUAUUGACUCUACUGAAGAACAUUUAUAUGCUUCGAAAAUUAUCUCUGUUGUUUGUUCACGUUGAAACGUCCCCUUAGAAAAAUUAUAAAUGACUGUGCUUAAACUGACACACAAUAUUUUUGGCGCAACGCAAUCUGACUUUCAUAUAUCCCUACAAAAGAAUGGUCCUGACUAAC